AUGGGUGAAGUCGCGGCAAGGCAGUUCGAUUGCCUCAUGUUGAAUGGCAAGAACUACCAGACCUGGGUUGUGGACUGUCAGUUCCACUUGGCAGCUAUGCAGUUGACUCAUACAAUCACUCCACGUGCGGAUGGUGCACCUGCAAUCCCAGCACAUGAGAUUGCUAAGGCUUCUAUUUUUCUGAGGCACCAUAUCCGCAAAGAUCUCAAGCAGGAGUAUCUUGAGGUGCGUGACUCGCUUAAGCUGUGGUUAGCGCUCGAGGAGCGUUUUGGCAAGCAAAGGACUGUGGUCCUCCCUCAGGCCAGGCGUGAUUGGUCACAAUUGCGCUUCCUCGACUCUGCACUUCACCGUAUUGUUGGACAGCUUCGCUUCGGUGGGCAGAGGGUCACAGAUGCCGAGAUGAUUGAGAAGACUCUCGAGACCUUCCACCCUUCAAAUAUGGUGCUCCAGCAGCAGUACCGUAAUAAUAGGUACAGAAAGUAUUCUGAACUUAUUAAUGUCCUUCUUGCUGCCGAGACUCAAAAUGAGCUCUUGAUGAAAAAUUUUAAUAUGCGCCCUGUUGGCUCAAAUGCAUUGCCUGAAGCACAUGCAAGUUUUCACAAGAAGAAUAAGACCUUUUACAAGAAAGGCAUGACUGAACCGCACCUGAUCCAGAUGUAUCAGGAUUGGAAGAAGCGUCAAAAUCCAGAGGCUCAUUUUGUUCAGGCACCUGUUGAUGCCGUGACUGGAGACUACCAGGAUGGCGACAUUGAUUGCAACCUCGAUGAAGAGGACACCCUCGACGAUGAUUAUGGGGACAUGGAGUAG